CAGGAACAUUUGCACGGGUGCUGUCUUUGCUUUCGGCGGUCUGGCUUUCUCUUGUGCCGAGCCUACCUACAAAGUCCUUUGCCUCAUAUUUGUGUAGGAUGAAUGCAUUUGCAAUGGAUAAGAUGGUCUAUCAUUAGAUGCUACUCCUGUCGCAAACCCAAGGAAGUUGCAGCCAAAAUGGCCAAGUACAAACUGAUCCUGCUGAGGCACGGCGAAGGGGCCUGGAACAAAGAGAACCGCUUCUGCAGCUGGGUGGACCAGAAGCUGAGCAGCGACGGGAUAAAAGAGGCUCAGAACUGCGGCAGGCACCUCAAAGCUCUUGGCAUUGAGUUCGACCUUGUGUUUACAUCCAUCCUGAGCCGCUCUAUUCAGACUGCCUGGCAUGUGCUGGAGCAGAUGGGGCAGGAGUGGGUCACCACUGAAUCUUCCUGGAGGCUGAAUGAGCGGCACUACGGCGCCCUGAUAGGCCUCAACAGGGCAGAGAUGGCGCUGAACCACGGCGAAGAGCAGGUGAAAAGGUGGAGGAGGAGCUACGACGUCACCCCGCCUCCCAUCACCGAGUCCCACCUUUACUACCACGAGAUCUACAACGAUCGCAGGUAUAAGCACUGCGACGUACCGCUGGAGAAACUCCCGAGGGCAGAAAGCUUGAAAGAAGUGCUUGAUAGACUCCUUCCCUAUUGGAACGAGAGGAUAGCUCCGGAGGUGAAGAGGGGCAAGACGGUCUUAAUUUCUGCUCACGGGAACAGCACACGCGCUUUGCUGAAACAUUUGGAAGGCAUCUCUGAUGAGGACAUAGUCAAUGUGACUCUGCCCACUGGCGUCCCAGUUCUCCUGGAGCUUGAUGAGGAUCUACGCUCGCUUGGCCCGCACCAGUUCAUUGGCGACCAAGAGGCAAUCCAAGCUGCCAUCAAGAAAGUGGAAGAUCAAGGCAAAGCCAAGCCCACUCUUGAGAAAUGAAAGACUGCUUAUGCAAAAUGCUCCCCCAUUUACCUCUUAUCGUGUGCAGGAAAAGGGUAGCGCUUUGUGGUUGCCCUGUGAGGACUUGCUUAAGUUCCCAGUAAGUGGUAGAUUUUUAGCAUUUUAGCACACCAUUUUUGGUUAUUCCUUAUUUCCUUCUAGCAGCUGUGUUGGAUCCUGCUACAAGUAACAGUGAAUUUUGUUUGAACAACAGAAAGCUGUUGUUAUAAACUUUCCAUAUCCUUUGUAUAAGUCUUACACUAUUGGAGAAGGCCAGAGCAAGAACCGGUAUUCUGAAGAUUGGUGUGUGCUAUAUAUAUAUGAUUUUAACCUAGGCCUCAAGUGAUAUUUACAAGUUUUCAGGUUCACAGAUGCUAAACAGCUACAUAAUUAUUUAAUUUAGAAUACCCGCUCCCUACCUCCCGAAUUUUUCUCCCCACUGUUUGCAAUUCGACAACUUCUGGUAUAGCAUUAAUCUCUGUUAAACUGAUUGGUGUGAUUUUUGAUGCAUUUGAUGCAUGUUGUUUUGAAUAAAGGCCUUAUAUUUUUACAGGCAUCAAAAUGCUCACAUUGGCUGAAUUUUCCCAAGUUUUACUUCCCAUGUUGGAGAGGACCAUUUAAAAAACGAAUCCCAGUUAGACUUGACCCAUACGCAGUAAUGAAGGGUGAAUGUUGAUGGUACCACUUCAAAAUCUCAUUUUUUAUUUUAUUUUUUAAGAUUUAUGUUCUAAAUUUUGCUUUGGAUGUCAGGACAUAAGUUGUGCUCUAGGGAGAAUGGGCAGUUUCCAACGAAGUGAUGCACAAGGUGCACAAAGGAGCUUCCUCUUGCUGCACACUCCACAUGCCAUCCUCAAUCUGCUCCGGAGGGUUAAGGAAACUUGGAUAAUUUUUUUUUUUUGAGAGGGGCAUGCAAGCAGGAAGAGGAGAUAGAGGGGAAAUUCCAUUGCACAGAAGUUCUUUCAUUCCCGGGCCAGCAGCUCCUAUACAUUGUACCCUGUAGGAAUGCUAUAGGAACAGUUGUGGGGUUGGUGGCGUAUUAGUCCAAAAGACCUGAAGACUUACCAGCUUUGUGAAGUCUGAACUACUGGAACAUGCAAAUGUAAACUGAUGCUGUCCAGUAGAAUGUUCUCGGGACAGUCAGGGCUGUGUUGAGUAUUCAGUUUUUAAACAGUUGUGUAUCACUUUUCCAGGUUCAAACAGAACAUAGAAUACUAAUCUGUUUUAAGUACAGAACUAUGUAAAACAAUCACAGUCAAUUAACAAAUAGAAGGAAGCUCAGAAAGGGGAAGGAUCUACAAUCCCAUUGAUCAUCGCAGCCAGUUGUUUAAUUCCAGUAUUUUCCUCUCUUCUGGGGUCACGACCUUCCAACAGGAAGCAGUGAUAAAAUAGCCUCCGGUGCCCCCAGUGUCCUACAACUUCCCCUCUAAUAGACCCUUGCACUACAUGAGACCCUCUGUCAGCAUUUGUAAGCACAAAUGCUUUUGUUUAUAUAUAUUAGAAACUUUGAAGACAUUGCAGAGUUGUAUCCUUGACAGGGUAGGGUUUCAGGGGAGAACUGUGGGGGAGAGAUCUAAAAUAAUGUGCACUACUUGUUUGCUUAUCCAAACUGAACUGCUUUUUUUGCACCUGUACAAGUGACAAAUAUAAUUCAGUUUGCACAUACAAAAUGCUA